CAUUCUUCUCCUUCUCAUUCCUCCCUCUCUCUCUCUUUCUCUCUGAAACUUCAUUCUAUGAUUGUUAUUCACUUUCUUGGAUCUGUGGAACGCUAGAACUGCAUUAUUCUGCAACUUGUCUCUCUCACAUGUAUAUUUAUAAGCUUUUCUCGUGAUUUUAUCCUCCUCCUCUUCCUCUUAAUCAAUAGGAAAGGAGUCUUACAGUAAGAAUGCGUGCUCCUCAGACAAUCAAGCAAGAAUUCCUCAAGAAAUGGAUAUUGGGUCUCCAGUUAUGUGAUUUUGCAAAGCAGAACAUGAGCAUGUUGGAAAGAAAGAAGGCAAUAAAGCUAUCGGCAGACAUUGCUAUAGCUUCCACAAGAAAUGGUAUGACUUGUUGGAGUCGUGCUCUUGUUGCAAAAGCUUCAAGAGAUUAUGGUGAUAAAGUCCUUGUUGAGCGUAUGUUAGCUUCUGAGUCUGAGAAGCUAAAGAAGGUUUCAUCAAUUGGACUAAUCGCACCAAACAAGUGGGUUAUUAUUAGAAGCAAGAAAAUCUUGAGAAAGAGUCGCCGUGCUAGAAGAGUAAGAAGUAGUGUGCCUCUAUCGGUGCUUGCUAAAUCUAUUGCAAAAAAGAUGGUAAAGAAAAGAACACAAGUCUUGAAGAGUCUUGUACCUGGAGGUGAAUUUAUGGAUGAUAUCUCUUUGAUUGAAGAAACCCUAGACUAUAUAAUAUCUCUUCGAGCUCAGGUUGAUGUAAUGCAAACUCUUGCUAAAGCCACGGAGCUACUGAACGGUAAAUAGGACCGUCAAUGGAGAAUUACCUAUAUAUAUAUAUAUAUAUAUAUAGUCUUUCUUUUGUUUCUUUCGCUUUGGCAAGACUAGAUGAAGGAAAAUGAGAAGCUGCUGUAGCUUAAGCAUGUACAGUUGAAGCAUAUUUAAGUCAAUCAAGGCUCUUUAUUUA